CUUUAGAAAGAACAAAGCCAUGGUUUUCUCUUCCUCAUUUUCCCUUAUUUGUUGAAACAGACUGAACCCCACGAAAGGACAACUUAUCAGACAACCAACCAUUUGCUGUAGCAGAACUUUACAAACUAAAUAAUGGAAACUGGUGGUGUUAAAACAUUUUAUCAGUGUGUUGUGUGUGAUGAGUUUUUUCAACAAUAUGAUGAUUUAGAAAAACAUUCCAAAAUACAUGUUAAAGAAGAGAAAACUGAUGAUGUAGAUGAAUAUUGUCAUGUUAAAGAAGAGAAAACUGAUGAUGUAGAUGAAUAUUGGGAUGUUAAAGAAGAGAAAACUGAUGAUUUAGAAAAACACAAUAAGAUGCAUGUCAAAGAAGAGAAAACUGAUGAUAUAGAUGAAUAUUGUCAUGUUAAAGAAGAGAAAACAGAUGAUAUUGAAACUGUUUAUCAGUGUAAUUUGUGUGAUGAAGAAUUUAAGUCAGAAACAGAUUUAGAAAAACACUGUGAAAUACAUGUUAGUGAACAAGGGCAGGUCAGAACUCAAACAGGUGAAAAACCUUAUAAAUGUGAUGUUUGUAAUAAAUCAUUUCCUGGGAAAGGUCAUCUACAGACACAUAGGAGAAUUCAUACUGGUGAAAAACCUUAUAAAUGUGAUGUUUGUAGUAAAUCAUUUAACACUUUUGGCUAUCUGCAGUCACACAUAAGAAUUCAUACUGGUGAAAAACCUUAUAAAUGUGAUAUUUGUAGUAAAUCAUUCACAGCUAGUAGUUGUCUACAGAAGCACAUCAGAAUUCAUACAGGUGAAAGACCUUAUAAAUGUGAUGUUUGUAGUAAAUCAUUCACAGCUAGUAGUCGUCUACAGAGACACAUCAGAACUCAUACUGGUGCAAAACCAUAUAAAUGUGGUGUUUGUGAUAAAUCAUUUACUGAGAGUGGAAGUCUACAGAGACAUGUCAGAAUUCAUACUGGUGAAAAACCUUAUAAAUGUAAAGUUUGUAGUAAAUCAUUUAAUAAUAGUACUGGUCUUCAGCAACACAUAAAAAUUCAUACUGGUGAAAAACCUUAUAAAUGUGAUGUUUGUAGUAAAUCAUUCACCACUAAUGGUAAUCUACACAAACACAUGAGAAAUCAUACUAAAGAAAAAAACGUUUAAUUGUGAUGUCUGUAGUAAAUCAUUUUCUGACAGCAGUAUUCUGGAGAAACACAUUAGAAUUCAUACUGGGAAAAAAAAUCUUUUAGAUGUGAUGUUUGUUAAAUUAAAAAAGAGUAAUCAAUAAAAUGUAAAUGAAAUGAAAUGUGGUUUUACAUCCUACUGUUUAAAACCUUGAACUAAAAUAAAAAAGAGUAAUCAAUAAAAUGAAAUGGAGUAAUCAAUAAAAUGAAAUGGGGGUUUAAUGUCCUACUGUUCUGCUCCGAACUGAGCUGAAGAAGGGAGUAGUAAAAUACGGUACUUAAAGGGGUAUUUCCGGUAGGGGUUAUCUUCCCCUGUUUUGUUUACCUUAGCAACGUCUGAAGAGUUAUCCCCCUUUUAUUAUGGGCGUGGUCCGCCUUUUUUUAAAGGGGUGGGUGUUAACGGUUAAUUGUAGUGCCGAUGGAAACCCGUGGCAACUAGGUAAUAUGAAGUUGUGAGUUUAAAUUUGAAUUGUGGAUAGGGCGGGGGGGGGGGUCACCUUAAUGAGCGUGCGUAGUUCACCUCGAUCCCGCCCAGUCC